AUGUGCAGAGUGGCUAUAUCGAACUUGCGUAGCAGCAAUGAAAGCUCGUACACGCAAGCCUUGUGCAGUUUCGACAAGCUAGGCAUUCAGACUGUUGGCGCAUGGACACAAAGCAAUCCCGACUCUCCAAAGGCCCACCCCGGCUGGUGUAUGCCACUGAACGACGCAAGCGGUGCCUUUAAGCUGAAACAUAAGGGUGAUGAACCGCUUUGCAAGGGAAAUUUCAGCACAGUAUGGCGAGUGGAACGAAGUGAUUUUCCCGACAACGUGGAAAAAGACUUUGCCGCAAAAAUAACUUUAAAGAGAAGAGAAUUUGGUACGAAAAUAGUCAUCAAUAAUAAGAAGCCCGGGAAUGAAACUAGAAGGAAAGAUAAUACGGACGCGUUAGUUGAGGAUUUCACGCGACGCGAAGCACGGCUACUUUCUGAGCUUAGACAUAGAAAUGUGAUCUUGUGGGUCAUUGUUCUCGAAGUUGCAGAAGGUGGAGAACUAUACGAUCGCCUUCUGAACUGCAUAAACACGUUACAAUUUACAGAAAAAGCAGCAGCGCAUUAUAUGAGGCAAUACACCUUCUUUGAACUAGUUGCGGCGAUAGCUUCAUUCACUCAAAAGGAGUUCUCCACAGAGACAUCAAUCAUGAACAGACCUCAGAAUUUAUUUAUAAAACGUACGUAUCAGACAUCUACACCCUUCACCAACGAUGAACUUCUGCUAGGAGAUUUCGGCUUUGCAAUACGAAUAGACAAUCUAGAGAAAAAAGCACCGACUGGAACACCACUGUACAUGGCUCCCGAGGUAUUUUGUUUACAGCAAUAUUCAUACGGAAUGGACAUAUGGGGAAUAGUAAUACCGUAG